GGGAGGUCUGUCCAUCCCCGACUCUUGCCCAGGGCCGCUCUGGCGUGCAGCCGAUAUGCUGGCCCCCAAGGGGGCCCGACGCCGGGACCAAAGACGCCCGGCGUGGGAAGGAAGGCCUGCGCCGCCCGGCGCUCGGCGGAGAGGUGCCCGGCGGCGCCGCCUGGCUGCACCCGGUCUCAUCGGCCAGGGCGAGGCCUACCCCGCGCUGCUCGCGUCGGCGCGCGCGCAGGCGCGGGCCGCGCGCGCGCGCGGGCUGCCGGUGCACUUCGUGGAGAGCGCGGUCUUCUCGCCGACCCUGCUGCGGCGGGUGGCCGACGAGAUCGAGGAGUGGGAGGUGGACGCCGCGUUCAGCGACGAGGUCGGGUGCCUGCCGAACUACCCGCUCUGCAGCCACGACCUGCGCGGCGACUGGGGGCGCCAGAGGCAGAGCGGGCUGAACUACCUGCUCUUUGACUGGCGGAUGCCGCCGGCCACGCAGUUCCUGCAGGGGCUGCUGCGCGCCAAGGGCUGGGUGAACUUCCUGGAGCAGGUGCGCGAGAGAAGGGCCCUCUGCGGCCUGGGGGCCAACGGCCCGACGGCUGACCAGACGACAGACAACGCCGCAAUCCCCAAGGGGCACAGGGCACCAUCCUGUGUAACAACGCUGCUGCUGCUGAUCAUUCCCAUCCUCACGAAGAAGAUGUCCAUCGAGCUGGACAGGAAUGGAGUCCCUCAGUAUGCAGGCCAGCCAGAGUAUUUCAAUGAAUACGAAGAGCGAGCCUGGGAUCUCUAUCAUGGCAGGACUGGCGAGAAGUCUAAGCAGGCCGCGACAGCGCUGCAUCUACGAUCAGGCCUUUCUGGUCCAGCCUACGAAGCAGUGCGCAAGCUCAAGCAUGAGGAGCUGAUAGCUACUGAUGAGUCUGGAGAAUCAAGGCAGGACGGGCUCACUCUUUUCCUCACGACGUUGAAGAAAGAAGUUCAAGAUAUAGCGCCCGUCCGAAGCACCGAGAUUUUCGACAAGGCUUUGUACGGAUCAUCGGUCUGGCGCGACCGCAACGAGUCCAUGGCCAACUACGUGACAAGGAGGCGAAAGGAGUUCGCAGAGUUGCAGGAGGUCAGCGCCACGACUACGAUCUCAGAGGAUAUCCAGGCCGCACUGAUCCUCAGAUUCUGCGGCAUCAGCAUGAAGGAGCAAGCCGCAGUCCUCGCCUCCAACAAGAACGAGUACAAGCUAGCCGGCAUCGAGUAUGCACUGCGGGCUCAGUACCCAGCGGUACAUCGACAUCAGGACCGACGCGCUGAUCGCCGAGAGCGAUCCGCCUACGCUUACGCCGCGUCGGAGCAAGACGAGAACCAGUCAGAGCUCGAUCACAUCUAUUACGAGGACGAGGACGAGGACGGCUACUACCAGGGCGAGGAGGACGACUACGAGCACGGCGAGGACGACGAGUUCGACAUCGAGAACUACGUCGCGGAGAACCUCGACGAGCUUGGCACCGAGGAGGCAGAGGCCCUCGCCCUCGUUCUGCAGAGCCGCAACAAGAUCUUCAACAAGAAGAAGCCGCCUAGGCGAGUGACUUCGAGCUUCCACGGUCGUGGCAAGGCCGGUGGAAGGGGAGGCCGCCGGGGAGGCGGCAAGGGAUUGACAACCAGGUCGCCCGCAGGGCGAGGAGGCAGCAGCAGUUCGAGUAGUGCUGUCCCUGGCUACGACGACCGACAGCGAGAUGCUCGCCGACAGCGCAUCGCCAACCUGAAGAAGCGGACCCAGUGCUCAGACUGCCACCAGUUCGGGCAUUGGCAGGGCGAUGACGUUUGCCCCCGUUGGUCGAGCCGGAAGCUUACAUCAGUGUCUCCAGCGAAGAAGCCCGCUCAGAACUACUUCACGCUCGAGGAGCACGGGGACAACGACGACGACGGCGAGCCGUCCGAGGUCUUCAUGGUUCUGAAGGGCGAGAUGGAGCACGUCUGCGAGCACGUGGCCGACGACGCCUGCGAGAAGCCGUGGAGCUACUUCAUGAAGGCCCUGAUGGGCACGAAGUGGGGCCGCUUCCUGUCCCGCAAGGAGUUCGCGAGGCGACGGACCACGUGCACCUACACCGGCGGCCGCAUCUGCGGCCAGUUCUGCGAGCGCAUCAUCAAGGUCGACUUGACCCAGGGCGACCCCGAGCCGAAGCCGGGGCCGGAGCUGGCCUUCCUGUACGGCAUCCCGCUUCACCAGAGCAUCGAGCUGGUGGAGUUCCCGGAUCUCGACGGCGUCGACCAGCUCAACCCGGUCCCGUACCCAGCGGAGGUCAUCAACUUCGGCACGCACAAGGGGCGAACCUUCCAGGAUGCGGCGUCCGACCCGGCACUCAUCUGGUACAACAAGUGGGCUCUGGACCAGGUCUUGGGCCCCGAGGCGGAGGAGAUCAACCUCCACUUGUACCGCUACGCGUAUUUCCUCUACGCUAUGGUGAAGAUCGCGCGUGGCAAGUUCAACGUUGCCCCGCAGCAGAUGAUCGACGGCGACAAGAGGAGGCUCCCCGCCGACAACGAUUGGAUGGAGGUCAACGCCGGCGGCUUCACCAUCCCGAUUCAGCCCAACAUCCAUCAGCCGGGCGUCAUCUCUACCUACGAGUGCUCGGUCAUGGCCGCCACUACCGGCAAUGCCUUCUCAGCGCGCGACAGCGACGCCGACGCCAUGCUCGCCAUCAUCGACACUGGGUGCACGCGUACCAUGCAAGGUGAGUCGUGGCGGGCAGCCUUCGAGCGUAAGCUCGCGAGGCGCGGUCUACAGGUAGUGAAGACCCCGACCUCUCGUACAUUCAGAGGGAUCGGCAGCCGCACGAGGAGCACCACGGCGGUCCGUUUUCCCGUGGGCAUUGGAGGAAAGUGUGGCGAGAUUCUGUCGUGUGAGGUGCCGGGCGACUGCCCGAUGCUGCUCAGCAGAGACAUGCUCACCAAGCUUGGGCUGAGCAUGCGGCUUUCCACGGAGGGCGAUGUCGCCGACUUUGUCAACAUUGGGGUCUACAACCUGAAGCUCCACCACACUAAGGUGGGCCACCCGGCGGUCAACCUCCUUGACCUGCCGAACGAGAGCUACGAGACGGCCGAGUGGGCGGCGCUGACGAUGCCCGAGGAUCACCACCUCGAGUACUACCCCGAGAAGUUCCACGUCGGCAUCACCUACGUCGAGGAGAGCUCAGUUGAGCCUCUCCCCAGCUUCCUGGACAUCGAGAUCGGCGAGACUACGGACGACGAGUGCCUCCAGACGGUCGUCGACCACGACUACGGACCGGACGUCUUCGCCGCCGAGGCGAUCGAGUGGGGCGGCAAGCGCAACCUCACCAACAAGAAGUCCAAGAAGCUCGAGCAUUCCCUGCAUGCCAUUGCCGUGCAGGAUGAGGUGGUGCAGGCCGUCGUGGAGAAGCAUCCGCCCAGGGCCCGGCUGCCCGCAGGUGCCAGGACAUGGGUCAAGCAGACCUACGAUGGCCAGAUGGGUUUGACAGUGCUCAUGGCCGCAAUGGGCCUCUCGGUCGGCGUCCCACUGGACAAGCACACGGGUUGGGACGCUACCACCAGGCUGGGCAGGCAGAGGUACGACGCGGAGAUCACCAACGAGGAGCCGUACUGCCUCGUGGUCUCGCACCCCUGCUCGCCGUGGGGCAACUGGAGCAGAUUCAACAUGGCCCGUUGCCCGGAGACCGAGAGGAAGAUCUUGGCCAAGCGCGAGGCGAACCGCCCCAUUCUCAGGCAGGUGGGCUCCUCAGUGGACAGCCGAGUGCGGAGGGGCUUCCACGUGGCGCUGGAGCACCCCCAGGGCUCCGAGGCCUUCGACCAGCCGGAGAUGUCAAGGAUUCGUUCUCUCCUGGACAAGGGCAUCCCGAGGAAGGUUACCUUCGACGGCUGCCAGGUUGGGUGCCACGAUGCUGAGUCAGGCUUGGCUCACCGCAAGCCCAUGAUGAUCAAUGCCACUAUGGACACGCUGGUCGAGGCCCUUUCCGACAAGAAGUGUAGCUGCACCCAGCACGAGCAGCUAAAGGGCCGCAACAAGUUCGGGCCGCGCACCCUGCAAGCGGCUCAGUGGCCGGAGGAGCUCAACCACAUCGUCGCCCGCAGCAUCGUACAGCAGGCCAUCGUCGACAACGCCGCGGACACCGACUGGCAGUUCCCUGCAGAGGACGGCCGCAACGGCACGCGGCUGGUCACGGAGGGGUGGUUGGGGGCGCGCUCGGAUCUGCCGGACCAGGAGGCUAUCGACAAGCCGGUGCCCCCGGAUGACGAGGCUGUCGACAAGCCGGUGCCGGACGACGAGAUGGGCGUGGGCCUGGAGCGCGGGGAGAAGCGCGGAGGCCUGUCACUUACCCAGCUGGACAGAGCCAUGCGCGAUCCGGAGCGUCUGGAUCGGGGUUCCAUCAAGAAGCCUCGUACCUUCCAGGGCUACGUGGAGGAGGAGCUCAGCGUCAUGGAGGACGCCCUCCACGAAGUGUUCCUCACCAGCGACUACAAGCCGGACCUGGCUGUCGCCUACGAGUGGCGUCGCACCGACUACGGCAUCAAGAAGUUCAUCACUACGGACAAGCGUGGCCCUCGCUGGUCCAAGGUGCUUCGCCGCAUCACCAGAGACAUCAAGACAGGCAUCGUGAUCGAUGACAUCGACGUCAGAGGUCUUGCUCUUCACGAUGCUCGCCUUCGUCGGCUUCUGCCUGGUGGCACCACCGCGGUCGAGGCCAUCUUCGUUCACGCCGACGAGGACGUGGGCACGAACGACACAGUCGAGUUCGCCUAUCUGACCAAGGGCGCGGUCCGCUCCGAGAUCAGACUUCAAGACCUCGCCCCAGAGCAGAGGAAGGAGUUCGAUCAGGCUAUGGCCAAGGAGUGGCGCAGCUGGACUGAGUUCCAGGCCGUCGAGGUGCUGAGCUUUAGCCAGGCCAAGGAGCUCCUCGACAGGGGUGCUUCCCCAGUUGGGACGCGCCGGGUCCACACGGACAAGAACGCUAAGAAGCGCAACCUCAAGCAGACCUAUGACGACAUCCCGCUCGCUGCCAAGAGUCGGCUCGUCGUGCAGGGCUGCCAGGACGCGGGCAGGCAGUGGUGGCUGCAUGUGCGCGCCAUCCUCGUGGAGCAGGGUUGGCGCGAGUCCAUCUACGAGCCCUGUAUGUUCAUGCUCAGGGACAGCAAGGGCAAGCUCAACGGCUUGCUGUGCACGCACGUCGACGACCCCUUCGUCGCGGGCGCGGGCGAGCAGUUCGAGCGCGUGAUGGAGAUCAUCAAGGACAAGAUUCGCCUUUCCUUCCAGUCCGACACGUUCAGGUACUGUGGCAAGGUCGUGGAGCAGGACAACCAGACUUUCGACAUCAAGAUCGGACAGGCCGCCACGGUCGAGGCGCUGGAGUACAUCACCCUCGAGCCGCACCGCCGGCGCAAGCCCAAUGCGCCACUCACCCCGGAGGAGAUUUCUGCCCUCCGUAGCGGUGUUGGGUCGCUUGGCUGGGUAGCACGGCAGACGCGCCCCGACCUGGCCGUCCGCGCUUCACUUGGGGCUCAGGCCAUGAGUGGCCCCAAGAUUCGUGACAUUGUUGCAGUGAAUCGUGCCAUCAAGAUGGCUAAGGGCGACGUUGAUUUCAAGCUGAUUUUUUCAUCCCGCCUGGACUGGGACAGUGCCAUUGUGUUCGGCUGCGGGGACAGCAGCCAUGGCAACAUUGACGACCUUACGCUAGGAGAGAAGGUCAAGUCGCAGUGCGGCUAUAUCAUCGGCAUGGCGUCGCCCGACCUCGAGACGGACGCCACCGCGAUCAUACAUCCACUGGAAUGGGCUAGCGCGACGAUCAAGCGAGUGGUUCGUGGAUCGCUAGCGGCUGAAUGCAACGGUUUCUUGACGACAGCUGAGAGUGCGGAGUUCCUCAAGCACGUGAUUGCCGAGAUAUCCGACCCCGGCUACUCAUCCUACCAGUUCGACCCGUUUUUCGAUGGCAAGCAUCUGCUACUGCUGACGGACGCGAAUGGCCUUGUCACCUCCCUGGAGAAGGAUGGUGGUCAGCCCGCUGACAAGCGAGUGCGGAUCCUGAUGGCCCAGAUCCGACAGCUGCUCGGCCAUGACAUGCUGAAGCAGGAGCGAGAGGGAUAUGACUGGAGGAUACGUGUCAGGUGGAUCGACACGAAGCUGAUGAUCGCGGACUCUUUGACGAAGGCCGAGGCCGAGAGGAGUUUCUUGCUAGAGCGGCUGUCUGAGGGCCGCUGGUGUUUAGCGCAGACGAAGGAGAUGCUCGCUGCUAAGGCAGCGGCAGGCGAGGCGCGCCGAGCCCGCAAGGCCCGGCCUGGCAAUGCGGAGGGGUAG